AUGAUUGAAGAUAAAUCGAAAAUUCAAAAGAGAGUUCAAAAAUAUUCAUACUUUCUUAAUGACAUCUUAGGAGAGGGUUAUUCAUCAUCAGUUUACAAGGGCAUUAAUUAUAUAACCAAUUAAGUCGUUGCUAUAAAGGUUAUAAAUUUUUCCACUCUAACAACCCCAAUUUCCCAAACUCUUUUGAAAAAUGAGAUCGCUAUUUUAAAACAAUUAGAUCAUGAGAAUUUGAUGAAAGUUUAUGAAAUUUUUGAGACGAAAAACAACACUUAUAUUAUAUGUGAAUACUGCAAUGAUGGGGACCUUGCCAAUAUACUAGAAAAAAGCAAUUUUACUUAAGCAGAUAUAAUGAAUAUUUUUCUUCAAAUAGCAAAGGGUGUAAAGGCUCUUCAUGAUCAAAAGAUUAUCCAUAGAGAUAUAAAGCCAGCCAACAUAUUGAGAUCUAAUGGAAUUUACAAGCUUUCUGAUUUUGGUUUUGCCAUAGUUGAAAAUGAUUUUGAGAGUAUAAUAAAAAGAUUUAGUGUUGGAACUCCAGUUUAUAUGGCACCUGAGACGGUUCAGUCAAACUCUUAUUCUGAAAAAUCAGACAUUUGGUCGUUGGGUGUAGUUCUUUACUUAAUGGUAUAUAAGGAAAUUCCUUAUAAUCUCAAAAAGGAUGGAGAUUUAUAUGGAAAGCAAUAACAAAUACACACUAAAAUUAUGAAUGACAAAUCGUUAACGAAGAAAAUCUAGAAAGUUCUUGUAGGCAUGUUGGAGUUGGAUUAACAAAAAAGAAUGAAUAUCGAUGGAAUUUUGUCAAUUCUGAAUGAAUAGAAAAAAUUGAAAUGCUAUAAUUCUCAUCAGAACAUUCCUUUUAAAGUCUUACGUAGAGCAAGUGGAUACGAUUCAAUCUUACAUGAUGGUUCUAAUAAUGAUAAUUAUGGAAAUUCACAAAAAGUAUUAAAAACUUAACCAGAUGAGUUGGAGAAUAUAGAUGAAAAAACGGAACUAAUAUCAUUUUGCAAUCAUCAGAAAUAGCAUACCUUUGAAGCUAAUAACCUAUAACAAAUUAAACUGUCUGACGAAGAGGGCUAAGAAACUAAAUUUGACUCAUCCCCUAUAAUAACUAAAGAAAAAUAAAAAAAGUAAAUUCGAAUCAAUAUUCCGACAAUUUAGUCAACAUAUAUAAUGAAGUUGAAUUCUAAUUAAAAUCAAUUGCCAUCUGAACAUAGCGAUACACAUCAACAUAGUAAUCCUAAUAGUACUAAUGAUACAAUAAAAAACAAUCAGUUUUCAAAUUGCUAAUCUUAAAAUCAGAUCAAUUCUAAUUCUCCAUUACUUGAUCCCAAAAUAACCGAAACACUAACAAGUAGAAAUAAAGGAGUUUCUCCAAUAAAUAUCAAUUAAUCUCUCAGAAAUUUGAUUGUUUCUCCAUUAAGAUAAAGAAAGGGUCCUACUACAACUUGUUCUCUAUCAGAUUUUAAAAAUAUAGCAUUAAAAGCUAAUCAAAUACAACCAAAAAGAAGUGAUUUCUUUAAAUAAAGAGCUAAGACUGAUUUAUCCGUUAAUAAUUUAUCGGAUAUAGAUAAUAAGAAAUAGGAAAAAGAAAAAGAAGUUCCUGUCAUCGAGUCUUUAUCUGCUACGAUUAGACCAACAUAUAAAUUUUUGCUAUUUUUAAAUUCAGUAUUAAAAAAGUUUGACUAAAUAAAUACGGAGGAUAAAUAAAAAUGUUAUUUCCUAUUAAGAAAGCUAUUAGCAGUAAAGGCAUGUGCAAUAAAAAAUUAUUGUCCUGCUUAAAUCUAAUUAGAAUUAUAACGCUAAAUUGAUAGCUUUGAAUAGUAUUUUGAAAAGGUUAGACCUGUAUUUUACAAUAAUCAUGACAGAAAGUUUAGUUAAUACUUUAAUAAUAAUUUGGAGUAAUUUACAAAAGGAUUUUCAUAAUAAUUAUAUAAUUAUAUAUAAAUAGUGAAUUAGUAAUUAUUAUCAAAAGAGCUAUUAAUAAUUUAAGAAGUAAUCAACGAGAACUUAAAGUAAUUCAAUGAUCCUAUUUUAUUUGCUAGAAGAUGGGAGAAUUAUCAAUAAUGA